CAGACAGUUGUUGUCACUGAGCGAGAGGUGAAAUGGAGCAAAAAGGAGUUCAGCUGGACCGGGAAACCUUCUCUUGUUCCAUCUGUCUGGAUCUACUGAAGGAUCCGGUUACUACUCCCUGUGGACACAGCUACUGCAUGAACUGUAUUAAAAGCUUCUGGGAUGAAGGGGAUGAGAAGGAAACCCACAGCUGUCCUCAGUGCAGACAGAGCUUCACACCGAGGCCUGUCCUGCUGAAAAACACCAUGUUAGCAGUUUUAGUGGAGGAGCUGAAGAAGACUGGACUCCAAGCUGCUCCUGCUGAUCACUGCUAUGCUGGAGCUGAAGAUGUGGCCUGUGAUGUCUGCACCGGGAGAAAACUCAAAGCACACAAGUCCUGUCUGCAAUGUCUGGCUUCUUUCUGUGAGAAACACCUUCAGCCUCAUUAUGAAUCAGCUCCAUUAAAGAAACACAAGCUGGUGGAGCCGUCCAAAAAGCUCCAGGAGAACGUCUGCUCUCGUCAUAAUGAGGUGAUGAAGAUGUUCUGCCGUACUGAUCAGCAGCUUAUCUGUUGUCUCUGCUCUGUGGAGGAACAUAAAGGCCACGACACAGUCUCAGCUGCAGCAGAGAGAGCUGAGAGGCAGAGAGAGCUCGAGGGGAGUCGACAAAACAUCCAGCAGAGAAUCCAGGACAGAGAGAAAGAUGUGAAGCUGCUUCAACAGCAGGCGGAGGCCAUCGAUCUCUCUGCUGAUAAAGCAGUGGAGGACAGCGAGAAGAUCUUCACUGAGCUGAUCCGUCUCCUGGAGAAAAGAAGCUCUGAUGUGAAGCAGCAGGUCAGAUCUCAGCAGAAAAGAGAAGUGAGUCGAGUCAAAGAGCUUCAGGAGAAGCUGGAGCAGGAGAUCACUGAGCUGAAGAGGAAAGACGCUGAGCUGAAGAAGCUCUCACACACAGAGGAUCACAACCAGUUUCUACACAACUACCCCUCACUGUCACCACUCAGCCAAUCUACAUCCAGCAUCCAUAUCUGUCCUCUGAGCUGCUUUGAGGACGUGACAGCAGCCGUGUCAGAAAUCAGAGAUAAACUACAGGACGUUCUGAGAGAGAAGUGGACAAACCCCAAGACCAGAGCUGGAUUCUUAAAAUAUUCACGUGAAAUCACACUAGAUCCAAACACAGCACACACACAGCUGUUAUUAUCUGAGGGGAACAGGAAAGCAACAUUCAUGUGUCAAAAACAGUCUUAUUCUAGUCACCCAGACAGAUUCACUAAAUGGGUUCAGGUCCUGAGUAGAGAGAGUCUGACUGGACGUUGUUACUGGGAGGUGGAGAGGAGAGGAGGAGUUUAUGUAGCAGUCGCAUACAAGAAUAUCAGCAGAACAGGGAGCUGGUUUGGAGGAGGGGGGUCGAAUGAAUGUAGAUUUGGACACAAUAACAAAUCUUGGGCUGUAUAUUGUUUCACCAACAGUUCUACAUUUUGGUCCAACAAUGUCCAAACUCCCGUCUCAGGUCCUGAGUCCUCCAGAGUAGGAGUGUACCUGGAUCACAGUGCAGGUAUUCUGUCCUUCUACAGCGUCUCUGAAACCAUGACUCUCCUCCACAGAGUCCAGACCACAUUCACUCAGCCGCUCUAUGCUGGACUUCAGGUUUAUCAUUGUCCUGGAGACUCUGCUGAGUUGUGUAAACUGAAACAGACAUAAGUCAUUUAAGGGUUAAAUUCUGUGUUGU